AUCGCAAUCCCGGUAUCACCACAUCAGCGAUCGUCAUAAUGAGGUCCCCGAUUCCCGACUAUUUGAAGCGAGUGCUGGAGCAUGCACGUUCCGAUGAUUCUGGAGCUCCCGCAGGCUACAUCGAUGUACUCGCCAAAGCUGACACCUCUCGAUUGGCCGUGGCCAUUGCCAUGGUAGAUGGCAACGUCUACUCGGCCGGCGAUGAUGAAGUCGAAUUUUCCAUCCAGUCCAUUUCCAAAGCUUUUGUUUAUGCCCUGGCCAUCGAGGAUGCCGGACUGGAGCAAGUCCUGAAGAAGAUCGGCGUCGAGCCUUCAGGAGACGCCUUCAACGAGCUUUCUCUCCAUGAAGGCUCCAAUCGACCCAUGAAUCCCAUGAUCAAUGCCGGUGCCAUCACCGCGCACUCGCUGGUAGUCGCGCCCAAUGCAACUGCCGAGCAGCGUACAGACAGGAUCUUGAAGGUGAUGUCCAAGCUGGCCGGGAGAGAGCUGAGCGUUUGCGAGGAAGUAUACGAAGCUGAGCUCAAAGACUGGGAUCGUAACAUGGGACUUGCUCAUAUGCUCAAGGCCGCAGGAAUCAUUCAGUGUGAUCCUCGGGAAGCAGUCAAAGGCUACAUCCGACAAUGCUCGAUCAACGUUACAGUCCGAGAUCUGGCACUUAUGGCUGCAACGCUGAGCAAUGCAGGCUACCAUCCCAUCACAGGAGAACGCAUCUUCCCGCAUGCAAGCGUACGACAGGUACUAUCAGUCAUGACGACCUGUGGCAUGUACGAUGCUGCCGGCGACUGGGUGUCGAAUGUUGGCAUCCCAGCCAAGAGCGGUGUUGCUGGAGGUAUCCUCGGAGCACUUCCAGGACAAGUCGGUCUGGCUGCCUUUUCUCCUAAACUCGAUAGCAAGGGCAACAGUGUGCGUGGAGUGUCCAUCUGUGAACAAUUAUCACGAGACAUGGGCUUCCACAUGAUGGACGUCAGCCAGAUUGCUCGCUCCACCGUUGCCACCAGUAUCGCUACGCUCAAGACAGCAGAUGCCCACGACGAAGACUGCCCCCGGCGGAUCGCCAUCUUCCACAUGCGUGGAGCAGUUCGCUUUGCGGGAGCUGAGAUAUUAACGCGGGCACUGGCACGGAAUCUGGGCGAAAAAGACCCAAACGAUCCAGGAUCUGGAGCAUACGCGGACGCAUGUGCAGUGGUCAUCUCCUUCCGCGAUGUCUUCUCUCUGAACAAAGUCGCGCGACGAAUUGUGCACGAAGAUAUCAAUCGAUUGCUGGCUGAGGAAAAGAACGUGGUUGUCAUUGAUCCGACGGGCGUCCUGCAAUGGGAUGCAGAUGGCAAAGACAAGCAUCCCAAGGUGGUUGAUAAUCAGGGCCAGGCUAGAGACUACAUCGGAGGUGCAGGUUGCUCUGCCACUGUUGCGGAAGAUUGGUGAUCGAUGAAAUGAGCAUCGGCAUGCAGACCCUUCGCGGCGCUAAUGGUGUAUGGGAGCAGGCUCUUACAGGACUCCAGCCUUGAAAGUGUUCAACCGGGUUGUCAUACAGACCCUUCGAAAUGUCUCCUAUCGCUCGUGCUCUUCAUGCCUUCCUGUAGCAUGACUCUCUUUACUUUGAUUACUGCCUCCAACAGGACUGAUGCCGAC